AUGCAAUCGUCACUGGUGCGUCAACUCUCCAAAGUCGUCACCGCUGAUUGUACUAUCACCUUAUCACGACCUCUGACCCAAGCGAGAUUCGUCCAUCGAAAGACCCCACCAAUACCUCAAAUGUCGAAAGACUUCGAAACAUAUGCAAAGCGUUAUUUCGUCUUUGAACAAGUCGAACAGGAUGUAUUCAGGACAUCGAAUUUGGUCACCUUCCGCCAAGGGUCGUCCAGAGCUGCUUAUGGAGGUCUCAUUUUUGCCCAAGCAUUGGCAGCCGCUGAAAACACGGUCGACGACACGUUGAAGCCACAUGCCAUACACUCAUUUUUCAUACUUACUGGUGAGUACAACAUGUAA